AUGUUUAAGCGCGUGGCCAAGGCCACCGGUAGAAAGGGCGACGUGGACGAGCUCAAGCUUGCCACCGGUGACGACACCGCCAUUGGCGUCGACAAGCUCAUCGACGAGUCCUCCAGCUCCGAAGGCGAAGACGACGAUAGCGAGGAUGACGAAAGUGAGGAAGAAGGCGACGAGAAAGAUGGCAGCGGAGACUCUGAAGGAGAGUCCUCGGACGCAGAUGCCAAAUCGAAAGCCGGCUCGAAACGAAAGCGCACCGAGGCCGACGAGGCCGACGCGGCCAAGGUAGAGGGGGCCGCUGUGCAGGUCUCGAUUCGCGAGGCGAUCCAAGACCCGAUCUACGUUCCGACCGAAGGCGAGAAGAAGCACGGCGUGCUUGCAUCGCGCUGCAUCGUCUGCGAGGCGGCUGUGCUCAAAACGCCCCAUCUCGUCGCCGAGCAUCUGGAGGGCAAGGGCCACAAGCGCCGCUUCGAGCGCUUCCAGAGCUUCGUCCAGGACCAGCUCUCGGAAGGCCAGCGCAAGAACCUCGAUGCGAGAGAUGCCGUCGACCAGAUGGACGCCUGGAAGACUGAGCAGGAUGCUCUCGACAAGCAGAAGCUCGCCGACGCCGCACCCAGCAAGAGGAAGCUCGCCAGGAAGAAGAAGGCAGCCGAGUACCGCAAGAAGAAGAAGGAGCUGGCCCUGCAGCGCAAGGUGAAGAAGAAGGAUGACAAGAGGGGCAAGAAGGACGCCAAGUCCACGAGUCAGCAGGAGAAGACGGACAACACCGACGUCGGUCCGGAACAGAAGGCAGAAACUGCUAGCCCAGCGAAGAAGGCCAAGACUGCCUACGCAGACAAGAGGGCCAAGAAAAAGGCAUGA